AUGGCGGAGGCCUUGGGUCUUGCUUCCAGCAUCAUAGCUGUUGCUGACCUCGCUGGAAAGACAAUCUCUCUCACAAUCAAGCUCAAAGCGCUCUGGGAGGAGGUCAAAGAUGUCCCGGUCGCCCUCCUUCAAAAAGCAGAAUAUCUACAAGAUCUCGAAGAGCUUCUAGACCUAGCAGAACAAGAUGCCGCAGAAGAUUCCACGCCAACUGCUAUUUGGAACGCCAUUAACCGAGCCCGCGCCGCCAAGAACGAUGUCCAGGACACGAUUGACGCAUACACAGAAGAACUCGCCAACAGGCGGCGCUACAAACGGAGACUCGCAGCUGCCAAAUUCGUCAUCCAGAAAGACGACCUCAGAACGGUAGAGCAGAAGCUUGACAGGGCCUUGGAACUCUACAAGCUUGCUAAUACCGUCGCUCACGGCCGAUAUGGCAGAUUGAUCCUCAAACAACUCACCGCGCCAACGAUGAGUACCGUGGUCAUUUCCACACCCACCCAAAGCCCUUUCAUCGAUUCAGGGGACUCCCGAGGCUGUAGUUCGAGUCAAAUCAUUACAGUCAAGGCUGCUAAGCCAAGGAAGAACACCAUUUUCGAGGGUUCUUCAGCACUGGGUCGACUGUGCUUCGACUACUAUGACGAAACCUACAGCUUUUCUAUGAGAGUUCCAGACUGGCUGGGUGGGAAGGUUUAUUCUGCCAUGGUCCAAAGAAGCAUUGCAGGCUGGCAAUCCUUCCUCUCGGUGUAUCCCACUAUUUAUCGUUUCGAAGACAGAGUUUUCGAUAUAUUACAGGAAGACGACAUCAGUGCUUUGCAAGAGUAUCUUUGCGAAAACAGCCUAACACCCCGCGUCCAUAACAGUUACGGGUUCAACCUGCUUCAUUUUGCGUUACAGAAGGAAUCUGUUGAGACUGCAAAGUGGCUCUUGAGCCAUGGUUUGCACCCAGGCUCAUUCGCUGAGUGCAAAGCUAGCGUUAAUAUUUCAGCGGCAACUUUACCGUUCGAGGUCUACAUUGCAUCUUUUACUUCGAUGACACGAAGUCGCCAAGUUGAGAUUCUCAAGCUUUGCCAGCUCUACAUGCCAGACACUGUUGAGUCAUAUGAUUUGAUUUGGGGUACAAUGAUCCGGAACAGGUCAUAUGAGGAUUUUGCAGCAAUCCAGACGGUCAUGGAACCUCGUUAUGCCGCUUUUGAUCUGUUUGAGAGAUAUAGACAUGCCUCCAAAGGUGUAGAAUUCAGCUAUUGGAGUUGGCAGGAAUUCAAAAGAGUUUUGCCCGAAGCCGAGACUCUCACCACAGACCUCAUCGAGAUAUGCAGAAGCAAUGCGAUCUACUUCGGACUUUCAACAAUAGCAGCAGUGGGUAUAUCCAGAGAUCUCGCGAGACUACACCACAGACGGUCAAUUAUGCCAGUGGACUGCAGCUUCUAUCGAGUUCUGGGCGAUAUCGCAAGCGUCGACCCGGAAGACAUCACAUUUCGUCACGAAGGCGAUUUCUUAGGCAUGACUGGAGCCACACCAUUAUACAUAUUUCUCCGGCGACUCCUAUUUUCCUGGAAUCCGCCCGAAGUCCUUGAUCAGCUUCUUCGGUCAGCAAUCACACAUUGGGCGACCAUUCUUCACGUCAGCGGCAUUGAUCUCUUGGAUUAUGGUCGCAGAGAGAGGAAUUACUACCAAAAGCUUGGUUGGUGCGUAUCAGGAAAGACCGUUUCGCGUGAAGACUCAGAGGGGUACAUGACGGGGAUCCCUUACACCUGCUCCCUUCUCGGAAUCACAUACGGCUCAUUGCCCUCGCAGUGGAAGCUGUGGUGGGCUCCAAAUAUAAACAAUUACGCUGCAGACUUUUGGAAUUUGGUGGAAGGUUCAAAUUUUAAUUCCUCUGGCUUCAAUGUUCCGGGGGGUUGGAUGGAUGACUUUGACGAUGAGGAUGACGAUGAAGAUGAUGAGAGAGUCCCGUUUAUUUGGUCGGAAUAUCGCAAGAUAAGGCCUCCGAGUUGA